UUUCAGCUUCCUGAUAAGAGGAGCCACUUGCACCCAAUCCUGCCCAAUCCUGGAUUUUCAAACAUUUCAUUCAAGGAGAGCUGUUGGCGCAAACAUACACACAACCUGCACCCAUUACUCCUGCCUCGAUUGGUCUAAUCCAAGUCCUCCCGCCACCUGCCACAGUUCCACUGCCGCUAAACCCUGCCCUGUCCCAGGAUAAUGUGCAAACUGCAAUGGAUGAAUGUUUAACUGUGAGAACUUUUGUGUGUCUGUACUGCCAGGAGGAUGGACUGGAUGAACUCGAUCUACGUGAUCACUGCAAUGAACAUCAUGCCAGUGACAGCAAACAUGUGGUGUGUGCAGUGUGUGUGCAGACACCCAACGGUGAUCCACAGUACUACAGCUGCAACUUCAUUGGCCACCUCAACCUGCGUCACUGCUACUACCUGGACGAUAUAACUAAUCUCAACCAGACUGAUGAGAUGAACAUUCAGUGUGCAAUUCUAGCAUCAUACAGAGACAAUUAUUAGACCUCAUUUUCAGAAAGAUGACUACACAGUUCUCGGGGGCUGUGGGGGGUUAUUCUGAACAACACCUUAAAAAAUGCUUGAGAAGAAGAUUCUGAACCACAAGGAAGAAAACAAUUGAGAAAUCAGUCAAAGAAAUGGUGUAUCGAGGAUGUGAUAUUAAGGUAGUUUACCAAUGUUAUGUAAAAUGUAAUUUGUGGAUAUGUUGAAAUACUUUUAUGGCAACAGAAAAUGCUUGAUUAUCUAAUUAUGAGACAUUAUAAGAGUAAUGCAUUUUCAUACUGUAUGCUAUAUCAUGCAUCUCAGGCAGGCCUAUUAAUCAUGCCUUUAAAAUGACAAGUAAUGGUUUAUCUGCCAAAACCUUUUUUGUACAAUUUAUCUCUUCUUGCACUUUUUUUCAGAUAAAAUAUUUAUGUACUGUA